AUGUCUCGCCGUGCCGACUCAGGCGCCCCAUCCUCUGACGCAACGAAAGAUACUGGUUCGGCGCCUGACGUUCUGUCGGUACUGGAAAAGCAUUUUUCUCCGGAUCCCCUUCGCGAGUCGGGCGGAUGGACGCCUCGCACCAGACAUCAGGCGCCUUCAAAGGAUGACACGCCCGAUGAUCCUGUUACCUCGGAGGCGCCUACUUCAAAAGAUCACUCGAUCGAGGGAGAGGAGAUUCCCCGCCCAAAGGCGCCUACCACGGAUGCUGUACCUGACGCAACGACGCCGUCACAGCCCACCCCAAGUAAGUGA